CCGCGCGCGUGUGUACAUGUAUCUGUACUACGGCCUACGACGGUUCAAUAUGCAUGCUGUUGUCGGCGUUCCCCCGCUUCUCUUGCACGCAGCACUCCUCCUGUUCUUCGCGGGCCUCGUUGCCUUUCUUGUCCCCAUCAACGUCAUCAUCAUGAGCAUCUCCUCCGCUCUUCUACUCCUCUUCAUCUCGGUCUAUGCGACGUUCACUGUACACCCGCUGUUUUUCCUCGACAGUCCGUUCCAGACACCACUCACACGCAUCCUCUGGCUCCUGAAUCAAAGCUUGGGACGCCCGCUGAGGGUUUAUAUUUGGAGGGCUAUGGCUAGUUGCAAGGCCUUCAUCCGAGCCAAAGUCGCGCUGUCAGACCCCGAGAAAGCCACGGAAUCUGCUGUGACGGGCCCUGGCGUCUCUGGCGAGGCUGAAGACACGCAUCCGCAGUCCCAGAGCAUGAUUGUGGCCAUGAAAACAGCUGCACUGCAUCCCGCUGUCGAGACGGAGAUCCGGGCGCUCACGUGGACCAUCCGGUCUCAAUCUGACGACGAUGAUCUUGAGCGACUGGUCGUGGGGCUCCCUGUGUUGUGGGAUUUCGAUCGAAAUGUGCCUCGUAGCGUGUACGUGGGGCAUUUCCAGAAGCUGUUGUGGGAUCCGGAAAUCCAUCUCUGCCAGCGUCUCGGCGAUUUCAUGGUCGGCUCCACCAGCAAUCUGCUUGAAGACAAAGACCGCCUCCGCCGCCAGCUGUCCGUGCUCCGGGCCAUCUGGGCCAUCUGCGCGUUCUCCCUUCACACGGGAUUGCCUCUGACCAACCC